AUGAGCUCGCCUCAGAAGAAGACUGACGCUGCAGCAGAGGGGAAGUCCUCCGCCGGGAUAGAGACUCUCUCUAUCCCCGAGUCUCAAAGCAAAGCCGACGCCGUCGACGACGAAGACGACGACGUGGAGGUGGAAGAGGGCGAGGCCUCUUCCAGCAAGCGCAAGGAGUCUAUCGACAGCGAUAGAGACGAUUCGGACGCUUCGAGCUCGAAGCGUUCGCGCGGCGAGAGCGACACUCCGCUCUCUGCUGCUGGGGCUUUAAGCUCCCCGCGUGAGGUGGUGCCUUCAAGUUGUACGCGCGCUGCUCAGGCAGCGCGCGAUCCGUGGACGCCGUCUGCGUCAGAGAUCGCAGACCAUGUGGGUAUGUCGCCGGCCUUCUAUACGGGACACCGAGCUAGGGUGUCCCAUAAUUCAAGUGGCUCACUCUCGGGUCACCUUCGGGUAACCUCCGGGUCCAUCGCCUCACAAUCCUUCAACCCGCAUUACGACAUGGGCAACACUGUGCCUCCAAACGAAAUCCCGCUGUACGUAUGCAGCGGUAUCUACGACGAUGCUGUUGCGGAGGAGCAGCACCUUGAUCCGUUAACGAAUCAAAGGCGCGACUACUACAUUGGGCUCUUUCACAAGCUCCGGUACUUCUCCAGCAAGAAGACCUCUUCUCGCAGCAAAGUGCCUGAGUGGCAGGCACUUUACAUUCUCGACGCGCGGGCGGCUGGAGCAGCUCCACAGAUCCUCUGUGGACGCUGGUAUUCCAUGCGCUGCACGUUGUGUCUUCCGGGUGCGGCGCGCUUGAGCGACCGCGACCUAAACGGGUACACGACGAUUCGUGUAACUGCGAGUCUCAAGGAUCGCCGUGCCAAGUUCUUGGCACGUGAGGAACGCGACGAUCGUGGGACCUCGGGCGCUGUAGGUGACCGCAGCGCUCGCACUACCUUCGCGUCGGCAGUGCGUGGUGAGCUUCGUACGCCCUCACCAAUUCCCGAACGUCCUGCAGCAGGACGUCCCGUGGCUCCCAUGUAUCUUGGUGGGGCGGAAACCCUCUCCAACGAAUACGAUAAAGAACCGGCUGCCGGUUCGUUUUCGGGAUACUAUGGUUCACAAUACGCUCAACAAUCCAGCGUGUCGAGCCGCGGGCGUCGCGGAUCGGAGGCGGCGGUGGUGGGAACACGCCCCGGGUAUGGUCAACCUGGGGUUGACCUUGGCCCGACGCUCGAGGAGCGGGUCGCUGCUGUGGAACAGCAUCAGAGCCGGGAGUUCGCCGCUCUGAAGCAGGAGGUGGCGAUCCUGAGGGCUCAAGUCGCUCAGGCCUCGCAGACCGCGUCGGACAUCUCUGUCGACGUGGGAGGUCGCGUCGCACGCUUGCCCCAGCGCCUUCACGCACUGAAGCAGAGGUUCGCUCCCGCUGGGGCUUCCGCUUCGGGCCAGCCGAGCUAG